AUGAUAGAAAUCAUGGAGCCCUUGGAAGAAACAGCCCGUGUCUUCACCUCCAAACCAGCCCAGAGAGCAGCUGUCAAUGUCAUGCUUCUCGUCUCCAGCGCCGUGACGCUUCUUGGACUGGCUUCGUUGGCGACAGCCCUUUUCUUCCAGAACUUUGUACCAGAUCAGUUCAUCACCACCCCGAUUCACCUCCAAUACCACUCGGGAGUGAAUCCUUAUGGUCUGGCACCUUUCGCGUAUCCAUCGCCUAAACUCAACCAAGAUUACGAUGUAUCAAUAGCCUUAUCGAUGCCGCGAUCGCCUCCGAACACGGACAGGGGAAAUUUCAUGGUGUCUCUAUACCUGAUUAGGGAUGACAGCAGCAGCAAUGAAUCCAAGGCAGGCGGGCAGCAAACCGUGAACGUGCGACAGUAUCUCGCGAACAAAAAGAUUCUCUUCAAAUCUCGUCGACCAGCGCUGAUGCAGUAUGAGGACCCAAUCAUCGGGCUUGCCAAACGCAUCCUAUUCGUGGGCUAUUACAUCCUCUCUCCUCGCUCUCAGAGACGCACUUUGACUAUACAGCUCGCGGAGCGUAUCAAUUUCCAAAAGACCGGUCUGCAGCCAACUGCAGCCUUUGUCGAGAUUGAGGCUGGGCAGGAUAUUCACAUUUACAAGACGUCGUUGACGCUGACAGCGAAGCUCCGUGGGCUGAGAUGGCUGAUGUUUCAUUACCGCGCGAUUACCUAUGUUGCAUUUACCACCCUGUUCUGGGCGUGCGAGGUUCUGUUUAUGUGUCUAGCAUGGACUAUUUGGAGUUCCGCGACAGCCUCGAAGCAGGCGGGCGGUAAAGGAGACAGUUACACAGACAGCGAUUACUAUGACACGGCCGAUUACGAUGAUCAAUCUGACCGCCAGAAAAGCUCCGUCUCUCGUGGAAAGACGGCCACUCUAAAGGGAGAACCUAGGGUUAAGUUGGAGGAAGAGGAUAUGCCAGAGUCAACGGUAUCCGAUGUACCGAUUGGGGGUGGGGAUACAGAUGAUGAAGAUGACUUCGAUAACGAGGGCAGUGAGUCGGCCAGGCGCAGACGAGAUUUCGCUCAAGGAACGAGCUACAAGGGAGAGGGCGGUGACAGCAUUCGGCGACGCGCAGUACGAAAUCUGGCAACAUGA